CGCACGGGAACCAUGAUAUGCGUUUGGCUUGUGGAAGCGGAACUGUUUCUGAAGGCAGAGGAUUCUUUGGUUUACUUUGGAUCACGCAGAACCGAUACCCGAUACGGACAUUCGUUUCAAGGCGUGGAAACCCCUUCGCAGUGCCGAUACGUACACUAUUACGAAAGGAUCAAAGAAAACGGAGGGGAUUUACCACCAGAUAAAAAAGUCCAUCUACGAAAAAUACGGAUGGAAGGUAUUUCACAGCUGGGAAAGGGGGACGGCUCAGAUUUUACCGUUGAAGUUUAUGAUAACCGAGGCACAUCUCCCGUGUUCCAAGCUGAUUUUCGGAAACAACAUUGCUGCCAGACUAUUUUCCUAGCAAGAGAGGAAGCCGUCGAAUGCUUAUUAAGCAAGGCACCACCUAUUCAGGGGGACGUGCAGAUCAUAAUCCGUCAUCGAUCGAGGAGCGUGCCUAGAGGCUACAUGAAUGCUGUUCUAUACUUCUGGUUCAAUUGCAGUUUCAUAGAUAACAACAGGUGUGCAUAUUCAUUUCAUUUGAAUAAUAAAAUUUAGUAACCAAAUUGAUAC